ACCUGCAUGCCAUGAUGAUCCUACAGGAGUGAACUACAGAGGUAACUUAUCUCGCACAAUCAACAAUCAUACUUGUCAAUCAUGGACCUCUCAGGAUCCCCAUGAACACACUGUUACUCCAGCUGCCUUUCCUAACGCGGGACUAGACAACAACUAUUGCAGAAACCCCGAUAUGGAGUACACUGCUUGGUGUUACACCACCAAUCUUGGGAUAAGAUGGGAGUAUUGUGCCGUAGGUUAUCUUGACCCCAGCUGCCAAGCCACACCUGCAUGCCAUGAUGAUCCUACAGGAGUGAACUACAGAGGUAACUUAUCUCGCACAAUCAACAAUCAUACUUGUCAAUCAUGGACCUCUCAGGAUCCCCAUGAACACACUGUUACUCCAGCUGCCUUUCCUAACGCGGGACUAGACAACAACUAUUGCAGAAACCCCGAUAUGGAAUUCACUGCUUGGUGUUUCACCACCAAUCCUGGGACAAGAUGGGAUUUUUGUGCCGUAGGUUAUCUAGACCCCAGAUGCCAAGCCACACCAGCAUGCCAGGAAGAUCCUACAGGAGUGCACUACAGAGGAAACUUAUCUCACACAGUCAAAGGUCAUACUUGUCAAACAUGGACCUCUCAGGAUCCCCAUGAACACGCUAAUACUCCAGCUCACUUUCCUAACGCGGGACUAGACGAAAACUAUUGCAGAAACCCCGAUAUUGAGAACACUGCCUGGUGUUACACCACCGAUCCUGAGACAAGAUGGGAAUAUUGUGCUGUAGGUUAUCUUGACCCCAGAUGCCAAGGUAGCGUUGUAUAGUGUCUGGAAUGUGAGCAAAGCGCUGCUCAAAAUUAAUUAAUAUCAAGAUACAUGCAUCAUAUCAAAUUAUUUUACAAUGACAGGAGACAAUAAACAAAUGAUGCCAUGUUGUGGUUCUUGGAAAGCAUUCAAACCUAAAGGGUAAAACUCCGUUUGAGUCACGAGAUCAUCACCAAACACAUGUCAAACGAGCAAAAGGGAAGAGUAGAUCGAACUCGAAGAGUCGCACAGAGGGUUAUAGGAUCAGAUCUGCCCCCUGUUCCAGCACUUCAUGAAAAACACCUACUUGCAAAAGUUAAAGUUAUAAUGAAAGAUCAUCCUCUCAAUGAUUGUUUCAGGUUCAACCGUUCUGGAAUGAGAUUUUGCCCUCCCCGUAUACUCGCCUUUCACGUUCUCGUAAUUCAUUCAUCCCCAAUUCCAUCCAUGUGUAUAAUUCAUCUGUGACUAUAUACAUAAGGCUAUCUGCCUUUUUUAUAAUCAUAUAUUUCCUACUGGAUUUGAAAUUGUUAUUGUUGAUUUCGAUAGCUAUCCGCCUAAUUGCACUUCAAUAGCUGCUAUUGAAGAGCAAUUAAACGGAUAACUGGAGACUGUGGAUCGGGAGCUAGCGGAUAGGGGGGGGGGGGGGGGGGG